GUCCUGCUCUCGGUUUGCAGUCUGCACCGGAGGGACCAGGGCGGACAGAGUGGAGAGAGAGAGAGAGAGGGCGGCAACCUGUCAGGUUGUUUCCGUCCACUUAGUUUCGUCCAGUAACUUCUGUGGAGCCGCCGAGGCUGCAGUUCUCUGGUCACCAUGUCAGCUUACGGGUCUCAGCAGGCCCUGAACAUGCUCCGCAGGGCCAACUCCAGGGGAGAGUUGACUGGAGAAUCCACCUACCAGUACGCACGGAGCGACGGCUUCCACGGAGGGGGUAACGGAUACGACCAGUACGGACACGACGGACACAAAACCUUCACCUAUUCAAAGUCCGUGAAGGGAGGUGGGAUGGCGAGCGGAAUGGCGAGCAGCAUGAGAGCCGGAACCACGAGAGGAAUGACGUGGCGUGGGGCCAGCAUGGGAGGGGGGGCGAUGAGCGGCGCCGGCGGGGGGGCGAUCAGCGGAAUGGGUGGCUCUACACUUACUUCUAUCAACCAGAAGGCCGCUAUCCUGCAGAGCCAGUGCAACGAGUACCUGCAGAAAGCCGAGUACUACAUUCAAGCUGGUGGAAACCCGAGUGAGGUCGAGUACUUCAUGGGGAUGGCCAAAGAGGCCAUUCAAAAUCUGAAGAGCUGCGGGGCCGACCUGAGGCAGAUGGGACAGCCUAAUGAGAACGUAAUGAGAAGUGUGGAGAUGUACAAUAGCCAGCUGAAGGGGGUCCACAAGGCCAUCUCAGGCACCACGCAGAGAAGGAAGAGCACCAAGGGGGGCUCCAUUGGCUGGGAGGAACCUGGAAGGAGCUAUCAUGAUGCUAUGGGCUGGAUUGCACAGCAAAAGCGUCUGAUUGAAACAGCUUCAUGGGGAGAUGAUUCUGCAGCCAUCGAGCAGCAGCUCAUGAGCCACCAGAGGUUUCACAGCUCUAUCCAGAGGAGCGUCGAGUUCGAUCGAGCCAGAGAUGACCUGAUGAAGACAGGAGACAAAGCCAAUCUUAAGGCUCUGGAUCAGGAAUGGGACAAUCUCCAGAAAACGUCCCAUGAUCGGAUGCAGCAGCUGCGAGAGUUCCAGCAGAUCAUUCAGGAAAUAUCCAAAGAGAUCAUGUGGGUGAAUGAGAAGGAGGAAGAGGAACUGAUGUUUGACUGGGGAGACAAGAACAUCGACCAGUAUAUCCCCAGAAAGCAGGAGAGCUACUCGAAACUGAUGAGUGCCCUGGAAGUAAAAGAAAAGGAUCUGAAUAGGCUGAAGGCCAAAGUGGACAACCUCCUGAAGAAUGACCACCCUGCAUCGGACAAGAUCGAGGCUUAUAGUGACACCCUGCAGACUCAGUGGAGCUGGCUCCUUCAAAUAACAAAAUGCAUCGACACUCACCUGAAGGAGAAUUUAGCAUACAGCCAGUUUUUCAAGGAGGCCAACGAGACGUACAGUGCUCUGCAGAAGGAACACGAGACGGUUCGUAAGAAUUUCAUCUGCGACAAGAACACUUCUCUGGAGACCCUGCAGGAGCUCCUCAGAAACCUGGAGAGGGAAAAGGAGAAGAUUGUGGAAAAUAGGAGGCAGGUUAAACACCUGGUCAGCAAGUCCAAGGAGAUCGUGAGACUGAAACCCAGAAACCCUGAAGAGAAGAACACCAGCGGCGUCAUUGUCAAGGCUCUGUGCGACUUCAAGCAGGACCAGAAGGUGAUCCUUAAGGGCAAUGAGGCUAUCCUAAAGGACAACAACCAGCGCAGUAAGUGGCUGGUGACUGGCCCGGGGGGUCUGGAUAUGUUGGUGCCCUCUGUGUGCCUGAUUGUACCGCCACCUAAUCCAAUCAGCAUCAGUCUCGCCAACAAAAACGAGCAGUACUACGAAGCAAUCCUGUCAAUCUGGAGCCAGCUUUAUAUCAACGUCAAGAGUCUCAUCUCCUGGCAGUACUGCGUCAUGGAUAUCCAACGCAUCAACUCCCUCACCAUCUCCAUGUUGGCCAAGAUGCGCCCAGAGGAGUACCGGAAAAUGAUCAAGAGCAUGGAGACUCACUAUGAUGAGUUUAUAGUGAACAGUGUAAAUUCCCAGAUGUUUGCUGAUGAGGACAAGAGGAGCAUAGAGAACCAGGUCAAUGAUGCCCAGACCCACUAUGAACAGCUAGUGGUGCAGAUACCUACUUACAUUGUCCAGCAGGAACAAUUACAGCAAACAUCUGGGCAACAACACCAGCUGAUUAUAUUACAGCAGCAGCAAGUACAAGCUGCUGCUGCAGAAGACGCAAGGAGGCUUGAAGAAGAGGCCAGGAUGCGCCAAGAAGAGGCCUGGAGGCUUGAAGAAGAGGCCAGGAUGCACCAAGAGGAGGCCAGGAGGCUUGAAGAAGAAAGACGGAGAGCAGAGCUCAGAAGACAGGCCGAGAAGAAAGCGGAGGCAAAGAAAGAGGUGGUGAGGAAGGAAGUGAUAAAAGUGACCAAGACGGACGCAGGAAAGAGGAAGGUAUCCACAUCAACAUCAUCAUCAUCUCACAGCUUAUUAGAGCUGCACUCGCUCAGAUUGAGGCUGGAGGCCGCUGAAGACAUGCUGAGUCAGCACAUCCAUGUCUGCUUCGGAGACAACGGCGUGCAGGACUGUAGCCUCAAGAUCUCUCAGUUAGAGACUGUGCAGCGUGAUGUGGACUCGAUGCGUGCUGAGUACUUACUUUUGAAGGAGCGCAUUCUAAACGAGCUGGAAAGCGUGAAUGAUUCAGACAAAGCUCAGUUCCUCCGCAGCGAGAUUGGAGUGAUUAACCAAAGACUGGGCAGCCUGGAGAGCAGCUCAACAGCUUAUGUUCAGCGGCUACGAGCUCUAAGGGACAUGCUGGAGAGUGUGGCACGAGCCGAGGACAUUGUGAAAGUUUAUGAAGCAAGAAUGACAGAAAAGGAGACCACUUCUCUGUCUCCUGAGGAAGUGGAGGAAUAUAUGUCGACUCUGAAGAACAUCAAAGCAGAGCUGGAUCAGAAGAAAGAUAUUCUAAAUGCUAUGGAGGCAGAGUUGUCCAAGGCGAGCCACUGGAACGGCCAGGUGGGCGGAUCCUCCCACAGGUGUGACCUGAUGCUAACAAAAUACACAGAAGAUGUGAACAUGCUGUCAGACCGCUGGAGACGAAUCCAAUUACAGCUCGAUACGAGAAUGCAGGACCUUCGAUCAUAUCUGCCUCAGCUGCAACACUACAAGCAAACCAGCACUUCCAUUCUUGAAUGGAUUGAAGCCACUCGCAGAAAACAGGUGGCUCUACAGGCCACCAAGAUAGAAAAUGUUCAAGCACUGGAAAACCUCAUUAACAACCAGAAGGCUCUGAAUGCAGAAAUCAAGGUGAGGAGGGAGACAGUAGAUAGUGUGCUGAAGGACAAUGAAGCCUGUGUGAACGCUAUCAAGGACUAUGAAACAGACCUUGCAGCUUACACCUCUGGUUUAGAAACUUUGCUCAACAUCCCAGUGAAGAGGACAAUGCUGAAGUCGCCGUCAGUGGAUCUCAAUCAUGAAGCUACCCAACUGCAGACUCGAUAUAUGGAGUUGCUUACCCUUUCUGACGACUACUACAGAUUCCUAGGAGAUUUGCUCAGAAACAUGGAGGAGCUCAAGAUUCGUAACACAAGGAUUGACCUGUUAGAAGAAGAACUUCGCCUUCUGAGAGACGAUAUGAGAGACCGCAACGCCAAGAACAAAUCACUGGAAGAUGCUCUUGCUCAGUACCAACGGGAGCUGAACCAGUCAAAAGAACAGUUGCUGUCAAUGGAGGAGGUGAAACAAACUGCAUCGUUGCAGUGCAGUGCCACCAAGGAGAACCUAGAUAACACACAGAGCCAGCUGGCAGGCCUCAGAGAUCAGGUGGAACGUCUCAACUACUUGCUGGAUGAAGAAAAGAGGAAGAGGAAGCUAGCAGAAGAGCGCUACACUCAGCAGCAAGAAGAGUAUGAAGCAGUGCUGAGAAAGAGGCAGAACGAGCUGGAGACAGUCAGUUGGUCCAAGGUGGAGGUGGAGAAGACUUUGUCAAAUAAAGAGCUUGAGAUUGAACAGCUCCGGCGACAGCUUGCUGACGAGACAGCAAGGUUCAUGGAGCUGCAGAAGGAGAUAUCAAAGGUAAGGAGCCAAUACAGUACGGAGAUCAAUAACUUAAAGCUCAGCUACGAAUCUCAGAUCCACGUCAGCCAUGCAGACAUGCAAAGGCUGGCAGCUGAGAGGGACGAGGAUACAGUGGAGCUCCAGCUGCAGUAUGACAGGAUGGAGGCAGAGAGGAGGAAUCUCGAGGAGGAGCUACGGAGACUCCGAAUAUCUAUCAGCCAGGUUGAGGAACAAAGGAAGGCAGCAGAUGAGGAAGCUCACACUCAGCGGGCUGUAAUCAUCGAGGAAGGCCGCAAGAGAAGAGAAUUGGAAAGUCAGGUGGAACUGUUGAUGAGGCAGAGAGACGAGCAAAGUAGCCAGUAUAGAGCAGAGCUGGCUGAGGUUAGGAAGGACCUGCAGGAGACGAGUGACCGACUGGCUUAUGUCACACACAGUCUAGAGGAGGAGACCCGCAGAAGACAAACUGCGGAAGAAGGUCAGGGUGUGCUUGAACAGACUCUGUCCCAGCUGCAAGUGAAGCUAACUAAUUCAUCAGUGGCUGUAACCCAGGGGCGGGAGUACAAGGAGGAGCUUCAGAAACUGCGAUUGGAGCUGGAGAGAGAAAGCAGGGAGCGAAGCAGAGUUGAGCAAAAUAUGAGAAGCUUACAGGGACGCAUCAAGGACCUCCAAGCUGUAAGAGAUGGACUUGAGAGCCAGGUGGAGAAUUUGCGGCAAGCUAACCAAGAAGAAGUAGCCAGAAGAAGGCAGAUCGAGUCAGAGCUAGAGAAGACCAAUAUGACCCUGGCAGAACACAGCAGCACUGUCGUUGCACUACGCCAAAGCCAAGAACAAGCCAGCAAUUCCGAAAAGAGAGGUGAAGAAGAGCGUCUUCAGUUGCAGGAGGAGCUAGAGAAAAACUUGAGACAGAACAAGACCUCUGCAGAGCACAUCACGCAGCUGAGCUCUGACCUGAAAGCCCUUCAGCAGCAGCUGCUUGAGGAGCAGCUCAAAGUCAAAGAGGCAAACCUCAGGAAUGAAGGUCUUUAUAAAUCUAUAGAGGAGAAAAGCAAGAUACUGAAUGCGAACUCAGUUGAGCUUCAAAGGCUGAAGGAGCUGACAGAAUCUCAGACCAAAGAGAGGCUGAGACUGGAUGAGGAGCUAAGGACAACACGACAUGAGAAAGAUGAACUCUUGAGGGCCAAACAGGGAAGUGAUGAUGAGCUCUCCUCGCAGAUUACUGCGCUGGAGCUGCAGCUACAGGCCAGUGAGCGCAGUAAUUUAGACUACCGCAACCUGGUCUCCGAGCUCUCCUCUGAGAGGGAGAAACUCAAAGUGGAGACUGAGAAAAUACAAACGCAGGCCACCGAGAUAAGAGCCACCAUGCAAUCCCUUCAGUCCCAGUAUAAUGAAAUUGUAACCGAGAGAGACACUCUGUUGCUGAAAUUGCAGUUGUCAGAAAAGGACAAAGACCACAUCUUAAGACUAGAGGAGGAACUCAGCCGCAUUAAACUGUCCUUAGAAUCUGAGUAUCGCAAUAAGCAGCGUCUACAGGAGGAGAACGAAAGAGUGAAGAGGGAUUUAAGUCACUGGAAGGACCAGUGUGAUAGCAAACAUGGCCUGAUUAGGCAGUAUGAGACAGACAAGGAUAUUUCGGAGAGGGAAAAGAAAUCUUUGAAAAGUGAGAUAGAAAGGCUGAUGAGAGAGUUACGUGAGCUUGAAGAGUCAUAUAAAAUUAAACUGUCAGCCACCCAGAAAGAAUUACAUGAGGUCACCAUUGUCAGAAAGAACAUAGAAACUGAACUGAAGACUGCCAGAGAACCCCCAACCUUGGAUCCUUCCACUCUGAUUUUUGAUGGAGUCCGUAAGACAGUGACAGCAGACCAGUUGCUCAAUUGUGGUGUUUUGGAUAAACAAACAUGUAACCAGCUGGUGAAGGGACAUAGGACUGUCCCUGAAGUGUCUGUUGACAAAAAAGUCAAUUUAAAAGGUACAGGCCCAAUAGCCGGGGUGGUAGUUGAAGGUCUAAAAGGUCCAGGCUCCAUUUCUGGACCUCAGUUUGCAAAACUGACUUUCACUGAAGCCAAGAAUGAAAAUCUCCUCCCAGCAGAUGCCAUCAAUUUGCUUCUGGAUGCUCAAGCCGCUACAGGACACAUAAUUGACCCCAGAACUAAUCAAAAGUUGACAGUUGAAGAAGCAUGUAAUCAUGGUGUGAUUGAUGAUAAGGACAGAGAGAGGUUGCUAGCAGCAGAAGCUGCAGCUGUAGGAUAUAAUGGACCUGGGACAAAUAAACCUCUUUCAGUAUUUCAGGCCAUGAAGAUGGGACUAAUUGACAGAAACACAACACUGCGUCUUUUACAAGCUCAGGAGUCUGUGGGGGGCAUUCUAGAUCCAGUACUCAGUGUGUUCCUUCCCAAAGACACAGCCAUUGAGCGUGGCCUAAUUGAUGACAACUUAUGCCGUGCUUUGAGUCAAAGACCUGAGCUCUACCUGGACCCAGAAAACGAGGACGGUGUAACUUAUAUGUCAAUGAAGAGAAGAUGUAAGGUAGAACCACACACGGGCCUUCUUCUUCUUCCUGUCACUGAGAAGAUAGAUCCCUCCAAACUUAUUUUUGAUGGUGUUCGAAAACCUGUCACAGCCAAGCAGCUGCUGGAUUGCAGUGUCCUGGACAAGCCAACAUUUAAAGAUCUAGAAAAGGGGAAGAAAACCAUCCCAGAAGUGUCUGUUGAUAAAAAUGUCAAUCUGAAGGGGACUGGGCCAAUUGCUGGGGUGGUAGCUGGGAAGCAAGGCAAAAUGUCCUUGUCAGAAGCCAAGAGACAAAUGUUGCUACCUGAGGAUACUGCAGAUUUGCUACUGGAAGCGCAGGCUGCAACUGGUCAUAUAAUUGACCCUCAAACAAAUCAGAAGUUGACUGUAGAAGAGGCAUGCACCAGAGGAGUAGUGGAUAUAAGAGAUAGAGACAAAUUAUUGGCAGCUGAGGCUGCUGCUGUUGGCUACAAGGAUCCUAAAGUUGCCAAGCCUCUCUCAGUGUUUGAGGCCAUGAAGAAAGGAUUGAUUGACAAUAAGACUGCACUGCGUCUACUGCAGGCCCAAGAAUCAGUGGGAGGAAUUCUAGAUCCCAAUCUCAGUGUGUUCCUGCCUAAAGACACAGCUAUUAAGCGCAACCUUUUAGAUGAAAACCUUCGCCAUGCUCUGAAACAAGAUCCUGAAUGUUACAUUGACCCGGAAACUGAGCAUGAUGCCAGCUAUGAGACUUUGAAAAAGAGAUGCAAGAUAGAGCCUCAUACUGGUCUGCUACUUUUGCCAGUCUCAGAGAAACUAGAUCCUACUAAACUGGUCUUUGAUGGUGUACGUAAACCAGUAACAGCAAAGGACUUGCUUGAUUGUGGGGUGCUGGACAAACCAACAUUUAACCAACUACUGAAGGGGGAGAAGACUGUCCCAGAGGUGUCUGCAGACAAGAAGAUCUCUCUAAAGGGGACAGGAGUGAUUGCUGGUGUGGUGGCUGGACCUUUAGGGAAACUGUCUUUAUCAGAGGCCAAGAAACAGAUGCUCAUGCCCUUAGACAGUGUAGAUUUACUACUGGAGGCCCAGGCAGCGACAGGUCACAUCAUUGAUCCCAUAUCCAAUCAGAAGCUGACAGUAGAAGAGGCAUGUGCAAGAGGAGUGGUGGACAGUAGUGAUCGAGACAAACUCUUGGCAGCAGAGGCUGCUGCUGUUGGCUACAGAGACCCUUACACAACCAAGCCUCUUUCAGUGUUUGAGGCGAUGAAGAAGGGAAUAAUUGACAAAAAAACAGGACUACGUCUGCUGCAGGCCCAGGAAUCUGCAGGUGGGAUUCUAGAUCCAAACCUUAGCGUGUUCCUUCCGAGAGACACAGCUAUAAAGCGUAACCUUGUGGAUCAGGAACUCUGUCGUGCAUUAAAUCAGAACCCCGAUUGUUACCUUGAUCCAGACACAGAACGUGAUGUCAGCUAUGGGGCUUUAAAGAGAAGAUGCAAAUCAGAGCCUCACACAGGCCUGAUACUUUUACCAGUCACUGAGAGGAAGGACCCUUCCAAACUCAUGUUUGAUGGUGUCCGCAAACCAGUCUCAGCACAGCAGUUGCUUGAUUGUGGGGUUCUUGACAGGGAAACAUUUAACCAGCUAGUAAAAGGACAGAAGACUGUCCCUGAGGUCUCCGUGGAUAAAAAGAUCUUUCUAAAAGGGACUGGUUCAAUUGCUGGUGUAAUAGCUGGGCCUUCAGGGAAGAUUUCUUUAGCAGAAGCCAAGAAACAGAUGAUCAUGCCCCCAGAUAGUGCAGAUUUACUUCUGGAAGCCCAGGCUGCUACAGGUUACAUUAUUGAGCCUACAUCAAAUCAGAAGUUGACAGUAGAGGAGGCAUGUGCAAGGGGAGUAGUGGACAGUAAAGAUCGAGAGAAACUCUUGGCAGCAGAGGCUGCUGCUGUUGGCUACAGAGAUCCUACACAGCCAAGCCUCUUUCAGUGUUUGAGGCGAUGAAGAAGGGAAUAAUUGACAAAAAGAACAGGACUACGUCUGCUGCAGGCCCAGGAAUCUGCAGGUGGCAUUCUA